AUGUCUACAGAAGUUUGUUGGAUAAAUAAUCCUUUAUUGAUAAAAGAAGAACAAAUAAAACUUGAAGAAUAUUUACCUUCAAAAUCAACAAUUGAAGAUGUGGUCAAUAAAACAGAAUCUCAAACAUUCGAAGAAGUGACAACUCAAAAAGAAAAUAGUAAACUUGAACAACAACCUAUCGAAGAAUUCAAUAUAAAAGAUGAAAUAUUAGAAAGCAAUGCUACAGGGGAACAAAGAGCAGCUCAAAACAAAGAAAAAUGGGUCAACAAUUGCGAAGAUAUUCGUAUUCAACAGAAGUUACAUACAGAAGUAAUUAUUAAAGAUGAAAAAUCAGAGAAAAUUGUUCCAAAAGUUUGUAAUAAAACAUUUGUCCAGAAAUCCACUUUAAAUACUCAUAAACGAAUUCACACUGGAGAAAAACCUUUCUCAUGUGACGUUUGUAAUCAAAAAUUUAUCCAAAAAUGUACUUUAAUUACUCAUGAAAGAAUUCACAGUGGAGAAAAACCCUUCACGUGUGAUGUUUGUAGUAAAAAAUUCAAUAAUCCGACCACUUUAGUUACACACAAACGAACUCAUAGUGGAGAAAAACCUUUUUCAUGUAAUAUUUGUAGUAAAAUAUUCAAAAAUCGAAAUGGUUUAGCCUAUCAUAAACGACUUCACACUGGAGAAUCAUUUUCUUGUGAUAUUUGUGAGAAAACAUUUACUGGCCAUUCUGAUUUAAUAAUACAUAAACGAAUUCAUACUGGAGAGAAACCGUUUUCGUGCGAUCUUUGUGAUAAAAUAUUUACCCAAAAAAGCCAGUUGGUUAUUCAUAAACGAACACACACCGGGGAAAAGCCUUAUCCAUGUGAGAUAUGUGAAAAAACAUUUACUGGCCGAUCUGAUUUAGUUAAACAUAAACGAAUCCAUACAGGAGAAAAACCAUUUUCAUGUGAUAUUUGUAGUAAAACGUUUACCCAAAAAUCUAGUUUAAAUAGUCAUAAGCAAAUUCACUCGGGAGAAAAACCCUUUUCAUGUGAAAUUUGUGAGAAAACAUUUUCGGGUAAAUCUAAUUUAACUAAACAUAAACGAAUACAUUUUAGAAAUAAUUUAAUCUAAAAAUGCCUGAUAAAGGUGUUCAAUUUUAUCGAGCCCGACUCUAUUUGAAUAUAUCUUUGAUCUCCAUCUUCUAUCAGCUCCGUUGGGAAAUCAAUCGACAUAAAAUGCUGGCAUUGGGUAAGGUCAAAUCAAAAGAAGCCAUUUUUCUUUACCAUAGUGUCAUAGAUGGCAAUUUCAUGAUUUACACUCGGUUUUCAUGACCCAGUGGGUGUUUUCCAUAUUAAUGAAAAAUUGUUUAUUUUAUUGAUGCUGAAAUACGCACUGAAUCAUAGAAACUGAGCGAGCAAUUAUCGCCUCUAUUUGUCAGCGUUUUACGUUACAAUUUACGGCUUACGAUAUGCUGCGUAGUAUGAUAUCAUUAUCGUUGGUAAUAUUAAGUACAUAUUAAAUCAGGCUGGG